GAUGUACAUAUUUAGAAGAGCAUCUUUUUUAGGAAUUAUAGGAGUUAGCUCUCUCUAUUAUCGGGCAAAGAGAGAAUCAAAGGAAAAUAGAGGUUAUGGAAUAACACAAAGAAUUUGUAGAUGGGAACAACUAUGGCAAUUCGCGAAUAAGCCCUCGAUAUUACCAACUGUAAAAGCUACGUCGAUACCAGAAACCCUUCAUGAAAUACCAAUGCCAAAUCGUCCACCAGUACAGCUUUUACUUCGUCCACACAAGCACGAAAAUAUCGAAAAGUUUGCAACAAGUGGAACUCUAUCAGAAGAUUGGAGUUCUGGAUCAGUUUGGGAUUUAAAUGGAGAGAAAUUUCGUCAAUUAGCAACCAAACCAUCAAGGCAUAUUUUUGUUAUGUUCUAUACAGCUGGAUGUACUCAUUGCGAAAAGAUGAAAUCCAUUUGGGAGAGUGUAGGAGAGCAUUUCGCUAACCGAUCAGACGUCGUUAUUGCUAAAGUAAAUUUGAAUGAAAAUAGUUUAUUAAACGAAAGUGAAGUAAAGGUACCAAUGUUCGUCCUAUACCCAAAAGGAAAUAUAGGAGGAGGUUAUAAAUACGCUGGACAGAAAUCUGUUGAAGGUUUUACUAACUUUGUGGAAACUAAAGGACAAAUAACAGUAUUAUCCGAAAAGAUGGUUGCAAAACUUCAAAAGAAAAUUGAAGAAAAGGAAAACAACGCUUAA